AUGAGCAAGAGCUUCUUUGGACUGCCAGGCGCCCUGCGCUCUGACGCCGCCCGUUACCCAUCCGAGCCCAUGGACCGGACCGGGAGUCGAAGUGCUAGCUCCUCCGAUUCGAUUCAGCACAGCGACAGCGAAGGAGAGUCUCUCGUCCUAACCCUUCCUUUCGUGAGCUGGACCUGUUGCCUCACCGUGCUGUUCGUUUCCAUCAUGGUCGCCAUCUUCAUGUUGGGCAUAGCACUGACGCUAACCGCCCCUGGUACACCCGCUCCUAUGCGCGUCCGGAGGGCUGGCACUGACAACCUGACGUGCGCCAAGAAGCACUGCAACUGGCUGACGCGUACGCUGAACGAAUUCUCUCCAGACAGCGCACCUUGCGACGACUUCUACCGUCACGUCUGCAGGACGCGUGACGGCCGCUGGCUCAGUCGCACCAGUCACAUGGACUUCGAUGUCAACAGCGCCGUCUCGAGACUGUUCCAAAAACCGUUGUCUCCGAAGAUGCGAGGGACGGCGGCGCAAAAGGCCGCCAGUCUCUACUCGGCUUGCACCAACAUAAUACGUCAUGACGGGUCGGAAAUAGGCGACCUGCGCAAGUUCAUGCGCAACAUGGGGUUGGAUCUCUUCGCUAUGGGCGACAAGUCGAAGAAAGACGCGGUCGACAUCAUGUGCGCUCUAUUCUUCCGAUACGGCAUCAACACGCUGCUGUCCUUCGUGAUGCACGACCUGAUCGUCGUCAACGGAAAGAAGCUCGUCAGCGUCGGCUUCAGCCGCACCUUCGACACCUGGAUCGUGAAGCGCGAGAAACUGAUAGCGACGAGCAAGAUCACUCACUUUUACGUGCACUACGUGAACGCCUACCACAACACCAGUCGCAACGAAACCUGGGACGUGCUGUCGAGGGUGUCGGAUGCGGACAACGUGGCCUGCUCCCUCCUAGUGUCCUUUCUUCGCAAGAGAGACGUACCUCCCGUGCGCCUGAAAGUUCGCCGCUUGUCUCGCUACACGCAGUCGACGGUGUCCAGCCAGGAGUGGGUCGACGCCUUCACCGUACAGAGCCAAUCCGCGUACGCCGAUGACGACGUCGUGUACGCGAAGCCGGCGGCGCUCAGGUUCUUCGACGCCUUGCUCUCGAGACUGGACCACGAGGGCAUCAAGUACGAGAUGGCCUGGUGCCUGCUCAGGGACUACGGCUCGUACGCCGACAGACGGCUGGUCAACAGUGUCGCCAGACACAACCAGACGUGCCUGGAAAGAGUGGCGGUCGUCAUGGGACCCGCUCUGUACGGCGCUUACAUAUUCAAGCACGUAACCGCGAAGUCCGUCCGAACAGCCACUGACAUGGCGCUCAAGAUCCGCAGGCAGGCCGAACUGGACAUUGCGAGGGCGACGUGGCUGGACGCGAAGACGAAACACCAGGCGCUGAAGAAGAUACAGAACAUCACGUUCCACAUCGGCUUCCCCAAAGGAAUGCGUGCUACGGCAGACCUCGACAGCUACUACCUGAAUUAUCCGUUCGCACCGAAGCAUUUCCUGCUAAGCUGGCUGCGGGCGUCCAGACUUACGCGGGCGAAGCGGCUCGGAGACCGAAGCAUGCUGUUGCCGCACCGCGAAUUCCCGACGGCCGCCUACGUCGGACGGGCGAACGCCGUUUUCAUAUCGGCCGACCUUCUGAGACCGCCCGUGUUUCUGCCAGCGGGACCAGAGUCCUUCAACUACGGCGGCUUGGGACAAAUCAUCGCCCACGAAAUUUUUCACGCUUUUCUGAUCUCGACGAAAGGAUUUAAAAAGAAGCGGGACACUUAUGGCGAAAACGGCACAAUGCGGGACAAGAUGCGGUGCCUGAAGCGCUCCCACGACGAGGCGCUCGAAGGCGCGACGCUCCCGCCGAGCCGCUAUUCGGACGCGGAGAACGUCGCCGAUCUUGCGGGCGCAGCUUUGGCGUUCAGGACGUAUGCCACCCUGAGCGGCCGCAACGGUACUGAGGCGCACGAUUCCUCGGAAGAACAACGCCAGAUGUUCUUCGUCGGCCUGUGCCUCAAGCACUGCGAGCACGAAGAAAGCGACGCCUCGCUGUUCGCGCCGUCGCCCCUUCGGUGCAUCGUGCAGCUGAAGAACAUGCACGAAUUUUCGAGCGCGUUCCGCUGCCACGACGGUGACGCUAUGAACGCCGCCUCCAAGUGCUCUGUUUUAUGAUUCGGGCUUCGAAACAGAUGCCCUGUGUUCCUUGUUUCUUCUUUUUUUUACGCUCAGUACAUGUCAUCAUCUUACUUAACUUUAAAAAUAACGUUCAAAUUAUG